CCCCAGCGGAUUGAUCUUAAGAAACUAGUCUUAACCUCAAUAUUUAUUCACAGGUCUAUCUCAAAUGGUUGCGUUAAUUCAGUGAUCUCAUGAUUCUCUCAUGAUAUAGGUUAGGUCCAUUAAAAAGCAAACAGUAACGAGUAAAAGUUCCACCUAGGGGGGUUUGGGUCCAUAAUGGCUAUUUAUUUUUGACACGUGAUAACACUCAACAUGUGUAAAGUCUAGAUGAAUAACAAACGAAAUGCUACGUUGACUAAAAUAUUUCAUGAAAUAGAUGCACUUUAAAUUAUGCAAAUGAACAGUGACAAGAGAAAAGCAAAUUUACUUUAUGAAACAGUCCCCCAGGUGAAAUUUUUAAUUUUUAAUUUAGCAUGCGAUCACUUUUAGUCGAAGGGCUAAACAAUUUACCGUCAACCACAAAUUUUUAGAGCGCUAAUUAAAAAUUGAUUUUCACACCAAUUUUUCCCAAGCGUAUGGAUUAGUUAGGCCCUUAUGAGAGCUGACGUAGCGACGCCUACGUUACUUUUCGGAAGUGCAAGACGAUAUGGUGAGGUUCCCUGGUGCGCAUAUACUGCCGAUCGAUAAAUAUCCCGCGCGCGAAUCUUCCAUCAGGAACAAAUUUUCCGGGGGUGGAUUUUCUGGGGCGAAUCUUCCCGUCUUCUUGUGAGUGAAUCUGCCAGGAAUUGAAUAUACCACACACUCUAAUUUUCUUGUUUACUUUAAAGAAUAUCGUUUACCGUUUAUCUUGUUUGUUAGUUUAAGAGAAAUGAUACCCAAGGCUACUUAAGAUCAAAGUUUGCAAAUCUUGUAGUCAUUAAUUCAAUUUUAUUAAGAUACGGUGUUUGGGCAGACAUGAAGUGUGUACAAUUAUAUAUUUUUGUGAUCUACGUUAGCAUAAGCUCUUCUAAAUUUCUUGAACAUCGCGUACUAAACAUCGAAAGAAACUGUGGUGAACAAAACGGUAACAUUUAUCCAUGGGUGGCCUUAAUUCCCUUAGAAACAAGGACUUACAACCCUUCGGCAAAAGUUGAAUGCAUUGGAACGCUAAUUAGUGAACAAUAUGUCAUUACUAGCUCUUCGUGUUUGGCAUUCGUUGUGUCAAAAGUGCAGUUUUGGUCGAAUCUAGAGCUCUUAGAAGUCGAGGUGGAAAGGUGGGUAGUAUAUCAAGCAACAAAUUUGGCACUUUUAAAGCUGAAAAAAGCUGUAGAUUUUUCAGAUUUUUUCAGUCCCAUAUGUCUACCAUCUGAUGAUUUAGCGCUAAUUGAAAAUAUUGAUCCGUAUACCGCAACUUGGAUGCAAAACUCUGGUUUAAUGCGAAGUUCUAACUCCUACAGGUUUACAUAUCAUAUUUCAGAUGAUACACGGAUCAAAAAGGCAGUUAAAACUACAAUUGUAAAUUGUCAGAAGAGAGAUAACGGUCUCAUCUGUCUUCGUCCUAAUGGAGGAGAUACUAUUUGUGACCGAGACGAAGGUAGUCCGAUCAUGUUUUCUGAUCAAAAUAAAUGGACGUUAGGUGGAGUUUUGAACUAUGCCUACGAUAUCCAUGAGAGCAUAUGCGUGAACUCGUCUUCUGUUACGGGGAGUAGAAUAACAAAGGAUGCGCUCAAAUGGAUUAUGCAUGUAAUAAAAAAAAAUUAGUUUCUUUGUCUUCAUCAUCAUAGAGUGUUUAUUAUAAACAGUAUUUUUGGAACACAUAAAUGUAAAAUAAAAUGUU